GAGAGGCCGAUGUCGCAGCAGCAGCAACACAACAAUAACAACAACAACCACACAGACAGAAAUGCCCAACGAUAAAAACUUGCCCUGGCCGCCGCGAGAAAUGGGCUGCUCCGAAGCUUCAGAUUGUUGUUUACGUGUCUUCUUCCCAAAGCUGAGGACGCUACCACAUUGACCGACCCACCGACGCACAGUUCGGUGGCAUUAAUAAGACUGCCAAGUAAAAGCGAAAAACCGAAACAUUUCCAACCGGUAACUGAAUACCCGGAUUGAUCUCCAGCGGUUGUUUAUUUAACUGGCUGCUGUCUGCGCUGUUCUAUUCUAAUUCUAUUCUGUUUGCUUCGCCUGGCUCCACUCUUGUUUGCUCUCGCUCUCUGCAGCACACACAAAAGGCGAAAGACAAGCAUUAACAAUGAAUAUCCAUAUGAACACAAACACAUUGAAGUACAUCAGUUUGUUAACGCUAACGCUUCAGAAUGCGAUCUUGGGUCUCAGCAUGCGCUAUGCCCGGACCAGGCCCGGUGAAAUUUUUCUCAGUUCAACGGCUGUGCUGAUGGCUGAGUUUGCCAAGCUGAUUACAUGCCUGUUUCUGGUGUUCAACGAGGAGGGCAAGGAUGCACAGAAAUUUGUACGCUCGCUGCACAAGACAAUCAUUGCCAAUCCCGUGGAUACGCUCAAGGUGUGCGUCCCCUCGCUGGUGUAUAUUGUGCAGAAUAAUUUGCUGUAUGUGUCGGCCUCGCAUCUGGAUGCGGCCACCUAUCAGGUCACAUACCAGCUAAAGAUUCUCACCACGGCCAUGUUCGCUGUGGUCAUACUACGCCGCAAGCUUCUCACCACACAAUGGGGCGCUUUGCUGCUGCUGGUCAUGGGCAUUGUCUUGGUGCAACUCGCACAGACGGUCACGGGCGGCGGCAGUAGUGACUCCACGUCGUCAUCUGGCGGCAACGAUGCGGCAUCGUCCUCAAGCUCGGGACCCGAGCAGAAUCGCAUGCUGGGCCUGUGGGCCGCCUUGGGCGCUUGCUUUCUGUCCGGCUUUGCUGGCAUUUACUUCGAAAAAAUACUCAAGGGCGCCGAGAUCUCCGUGUGGAUGCGCAACGUGCAGCUCAGCCUGCUGAGCAUACCAUUUGGCCUGCUCACGUGCUUCGUGAACGAUGGCAGUCGCAUCUUUGAGCAUGGCUUCUUCCAUGGCUACGAUUUCUUUGUGUGGUAUCUGGUGCUGCUGCAGGCCGGCGGUGGCCUCAUUGUCGCCGUUGUUGUCAAAUAUGCGGACAACAUACUCAAAGGCUUUGCCACCUCACUGGCCAUCAUCAUCUCCUGCGUGGCCUCCAUCUACAUCUUUGACUUUAAUCUCACGCUGCAGUUCAGCUUUGGAGCUGCCCUGGUCAUUGCCUCCAUCUUUAUGUACGGCUACGAUCCGUCCGCACGCUCCGGGCCCAAGACCACAGCCCAGACGGCCUCCGACGAGGAGAAGCUACUGCCGCGCGUCUAAAAAAGAGAGAAGCCUCAGCCACCUCAGACCGUCUGUCAACAGUAUUUGUCCCCAAGAAGACCCGAUCCCACCCUGCAAUGGUUACAUUUGAUGUACUUUGGAUGUACUUUAUUCCCCUAAUCCCCCCACUGUGUGUGUGUGUUGUGUGUGCGUGUGUUUGUGUGCUUGUUAACCUCCUCCC